AUGUCAGCGCCCAUUCCCAGCUUGCAUGAGGCAUUGAUAUCCCAGUUAUUGUCACAGAAAAAAUGGAGCUUUAUCCGUCUCAAGCAGAUACACUCUCUGUUUAUCACAUGCGGUCUUUGCCACCACAAUUCAUGGCUCAGGAAACUACUCGACCACUGCAUAUCCCUGCCUGCAUUCCCCUCUUCCUAUGCGCUUUCUCUCUUCACUCGGAUCAAACAACCCAAUGCCCAUUCCUGGAACACCAUGAUCAAAGGCUAUUCCAUGACUUCAAACCCCUAUCACUCCAUUGUUUUCUAUGCCAAAAUGCGGGAAAAUCGUGUAUUUCCCAACAACCACACCUUUACUUUGCUUCUCAAAGCCUUUUCCAAGGCCAAAGCAGGAAACCCACUUCAGGUUUUUGCUCAAGUAGUGAAGUUUGGGUUCGGUUCUGACCACUAUGUGCAGAAUUCUUUGGUUUCUACUUUUGCUGUCUGUGGGCACAUUCAACUUUCGCGCAAGGUGUUCGUUGAAAUGCAGCAAAGAGAUGUCAUUUCUUAUACUGCAUUGAUUGAUGGGUUCAAGAGAAACAGUAGGCCAGCUGAAGCUUUGGAGCUUUUUCUAGAGAUGAAAAGGAAGGGUGUGAGGGUGGAUGAAGGUACUAUAGUUAGUGCUCUUUGCGCAGCUGGGAUGCUGGGAUGUGUUUGGUUGGGGAGGCAGCUUCAUGGGUUCUAUAUAGUGCCUGGGAGAGUUCAUCAGGAUGUCUAUAUUGGCAGUGCUCUUGUGGAUAUGUAUUCCAAGUGUGGAUUCUGUGAUGAUGCUAGUCAAGUGUUUGCAGAGAUGCCAUGCAAGAAUCUUGUUUCUUGGACUGCACUGAUAACUGGAUAUGUUAACUGUGAAAGAUUCAAGAAUGCCCUGAAUGCUUAUGAAGACAUGCUGGCUAGUGGACUAGAGCCCAAUCAAGCUACACUAACUGUUCUUCUCACUGCCUGUACUAAGCUAGGGGCUUUAGACCAGGCCAAGCAGCUUGAGAUGCGUAUUGACUCACAACGACUCGAAAUCAACUUGGCUCUUGGCAGUGCUUUGAUAGAUUUGUAUGCAAAGUGUGGAUGCAUCAAUGAUGCACUUUCGGUUUUCAGAAAGAUACCAGUUAAAGAUGUUUAUGUAUGGACAGCCAUCAUCAAUGGGUUGGCAAUGCAUGGUGAAGCUGAGAAAUGCUUAGAUCUCUUUAGGGAAAUGUUGAGCAAUGGGGUCGAGCCCGAUGGAGUCACAUUCAUUGGGGUUCUCAGUGCAUGCUCUCAUGGUGGACUUGUGGAUGAGGGGCAGAAAUUGUUUGCAGAGAUGGACAGUGCCUAUGGAAUACAACCCACUGUUGAUCACUAUGGUUGCAUGGUUGAUCUGCUGGGCCGGGCGGGACGAUUAGAGGAAGCAGUUGAGUUGAUUGCAGGCAUGCCAAUGGAGCCAACCCCAGGUGUUUGGGGGGCUCUAUUUGGUGCAUGCAUGAUUCACAAAGAGUAUGGACUGGGAGAAUGGGUAGGAAAUCAUCUGAUCAGGAUACAACCUCAUCACAGUGGCAGGUACACACUUCUGGCAAAUUUACAUUCAAUGUCUCAAAACUGGAAAGCAGUAGCUCAAGUCAGGAAAAAGAUGAAAGACAAUGGAGUUGAAAAGAUCAGGGGGUGUAGUUGGAUUGAACUGGAAGGUGUUAUCCAUGAAUUUAUUGCCUUUGACAAUUCACAUGCCCAGUCUGAGAGUGUGUAUCUGGUCUUGGAUAGCCUUGCCAGCCAACUGGAACCUGAAAAUUUUGUUCAUACAUUGACUCCAUAA